AUGAGUGGAAUUUCUUCGUAUCUUUCACAGAGGUCUUCAUUCAGCAGAGGCCUAAAUGCUUCUGAAUCGGGUGUGUCUGAUGGAGUCAAUACUAAUUCAUCUUCUUCCCGACAUUACGAGAGCAGCAACCAUCGAUCAAAUUGGAGAGACCGUGGAGGUAGUCGAGGUCGAGGUCGAGGGAAUUAUCAAUCAUCAUCCUCAUUUCGAGGCAGAGGAAGAGGACGAUAUCACUCUUCGUCGUCGGGUCAUCGUGAUGAUUACCAAAAAUCACGCGUGUUUAAUGAUGACCAUCACAACCAUCAGGAUCUUUACGGAAUGGAAGAAAAAGAUGAACGAGCAAGUGCCGAAGAAGAAGCACUCGCUUUAAAAUUGUUAGAACAAGAGGAAUCUUUACAAACUGCAGGUUCCGAACUCUUCAUUCCUGUCGAACAAGAAUAUGACAUGUUUUGCAAAAAAGUGAUCAAUUGGAAGAAUGAUUCACAUUCCAUAUCUCAACAAGUAUCAGACGGAGAGCAAUUAAAACAAUUUCGCUCCUACGAUGUGGAGGCUACUGAACAGUGUAAGAAAAUGCUGCAACAAAUUUCAAAGCCCACGACCACAGACGUGUCAACAAUCAACACAUUGACUGUCUCAAGUGAUAGUCUUCUCACAUCAGCAUACAGAGAUGUUGUCAAGAAAAUACAAGAAGAGGUCUCACAAGGUCAAUCCAAGCAUUAUGCAAAACUAGACAAAACAAUUUUGCAUUAUGAAGACAUUUUAUACUCCCUAAUGAAAGUGCCAAAAUUAACAUGCAUUCCUUCCCAUUCCUCUCAAUUCCAACAUACCUCUGACAAUAGUUCAGAAUCCACUAGUUGCACUCAAUUUGAAAAAUUCAAAAAUAUUUUUGAAAGAAAACAACGAGAGAGACGAGAAUUGAAAGAUUUUCCCAAUUUUGCCGAUAAUUUAUUCGAAAAAUGUACAGAAUUGUUUAAUAUUGCAGAAGAAGCACCAGUUUGUGAAAUUGAAAAUGAUGCUGACGUGCAGAAAGCUAUUCAACAAGUGAUUGACUCAACUCGAAAAACAACAGUUUAUCAAAAAACGAAUGGACCCUAUGAUUAUGGAACUCUGCUACAGGCAUUAUUAGAUUUUAUGGGAAGGAAAUCAAAGCAUCAAACAUCACAAUCAUCUCGCGACAAGAUGAGACACUCGGAACGAUCAAAAUAUCAAUCCAUUUCAACUGGCGAUGAAGAGGAGGAAUCUUUUCAUAACAAUGAAUCUGUACUCUCAAAAAGAAAACGCGAAAACGAGAGUGAUGAGAGUGACAAUGAAGAAGACAACGAGGAAUCGUCAGAAGAGAAUGAAGAAGAAACAUCUGAACAUGAGACUGAGGAACAUGAGCAAGCUUCUCAAAUUACUCAAUCAGAGUUCACCAAAUGUAAAACUACGAUUGAACUAUUAGGUGAUCGAUACAAGUUACUUCCUCAAAUUCACAAAUGGCAUUCCCUCCUCAAUCUUUCCAUGGGAGCGAAUGGAAUUGAUUUCCAUAUCGAUUUGAAAACGUCAUUUAAAAAACGACAGAAACAAAUUCGACACGACCUCUCUGUGGCUCAACGACCUGACUGGAAACACAAGGAAGCAACGCAGGUGGCAGUAUUGGCAUCCUCCUCCACACCCUUAUCAAGGAGUAUCCUAUCGAGUAGCAACAAGUGUCUCGAUGUGGUGCAUCAUAGUCUUCUGUAA